ACGUCAUCGAAAAUGGACAGUUGCUAAGAUGCGCACGCGCGUCCAUUUGUCAACAUCAUCAUGACCGGCUGGCUGCUGAAUGGCGACAACUUGGGCUUGAGUUGAGCAGGUGGCGAAGCGGACGGCGGCUGACAGGUGGAGUCUCAUCAUGGCGGCGGCCGGCGGCGCCACCAAGAUGUCGUGGCGACUGCAGGAGUUCGAGGCUCACGCCGGUCGCGUUUGCUGCGUGGCGUUGGGCAAAAGCACCGGCCGCCUCCUGGCGAGCGGCGGCGAAGAUUGCAGAGUCAACAUCUGGUCCGUCAGCAAGGCCAACUGCAUCAUGAGUCUGUGCGGCCACAGGAAGGCGGUGGAGUGCGUCCACUUCAACGUGUCCGAGGAGCAGCUGGUGACCGGGUCGCAGUCCGGAUCCAUACGAGUGUGGGACCUGGAGGCCGCCAAGAUGUUGCGAACUCUGACGGGACACAAAUCCAACAUCACCAGUUUUGGUUUCCAUCCUUUUGGAGACUUUUUGGCAUCCGGCUCCACCGACACAAACAUCAAGAUGUGGGACGUGCGGCGGAAAGGUCCCAUCUACAGGUACAAGGGUCACACGGCGGCCGUCCGGAGUUUGGCCUUCAGCCCGGACGGGAAGUGGUUGGCGUCGGCCGGCGACGACUGCACCGUCAAGCUGUGGGACCUGAAGCAGGCCAAGACCAUCACCGAGUUCACGGCGCACACGUCCGCCGUCAACGCCAUCCAGUUCCACCCCAACGAGUACCUGCUGGCCUCGGGCGGCGCCGACAGGUGGGUGAGGCUGUGGGAUCUGGAGAAGUUCUGCCAGGUGGGGGCGCUGCAGGACACGGGCGCCAUCAGGUGUGUGCUGUUUAGCGCCGACGGCGGCUGUCUGUUCAGCGGCCACGCCGACGUCCUUGGCGUCUGCGCGUGGGAACCCGACCGCUGGCUCGACGCGGUGACGGUGGGCUGGGGACGGGUCUGUGACCUCACGCUCUGCAACCAGCAGCUGAUCGGCGCGUCUCACCAGCUGAGCGGCGUGGCGACGCACGUGGUGGACCUGAAGCGUGUCAAGACGAGCGCCACCGCCUCUGAUCACGACGCCGCGGCAGUUGUGCCGGGAAGGGCGGCGCCGCGGUCGCCAUCCGCCGACCCCAAAGCGGGCGCGCUACGCCGCAGCUACGAGCGCCCCGCCGCCGCGUGCCCGCCAUCUCAAGGCCUCAAGCAGAGCGCCGAAGCGGAGAGGCGGAGUCCCGAAGGAGAGAGGCGGAGCCCGAGCGAGGACGAGGCGGACGAGAAAGUUUCGUCGGCUGAAAUCCACAAUGCGCAAGACUACCGGGAAAUCUUCCAGCCCCGCAACGCCAUAUCUCGGACACCUCCCAGGAUGUCGGAGCCUUUUCCUGCGCCGCCCGAGGACGAACGGCCCCUCGACAACGCACCGCUUUUUCCCGAGCAGCGGCCGGGUUCUCCGUCAGCCCUGCCCACUCCCGUCCAGAGGGUGGAGCCGACAGUGGUCGCCUGUGUGAAACGCCCCGCCCCCUCUGCCGUGGGCCAGGUUUUCCCCACUAGCGAGCAGGCCCCCGUGCCACCGCAAAUCUUCCCGAUCGGCAGGAACGAGCCGACGGGCCUCGACGUGGCGGACUUCCUUUCGGGCCGUCGUUGUGGCGUCCUGAACGAAAACGAGGUUUUGAAUCACAUCCACAACGGUCACGCCACCAUGUGCGUCAUGCUCAGCAACCGACGCAAGAACCUGCAAAGUGUUAGAGACGUGUGGGCCCGCCAGGGGAUCAAGAGCGCUCUGGACGCCGCAGUCUCCAUGAAUGACCUGUCCAUCGUCGUGGACGUCCUCAACAUUAUCAACUUGCAGCCGUCGCUAUGGAAACUGGACGUGUGCGCGACGAGUCUUCCUCAGAUUGAUAAACUGCUGCAAAGUAAAUAUGAAAGCUACCUGCAGUGCGGCUGCACAUCCCUGAAGAUCAUCAUGAAAUAUUUCUGGCCGCUCAUCUGGGACACGCUGAGGGCGGGGCCCUCGUCGGUGGGCGUGGAUGUCACGCGAGAGGAGCGGCAGCAGAAGUGCCGCGUGUGCUGCAAGCGUCUGCAGAACAUUAACAACGUGGUGAAGAGCAAAGCGGCGCAGGUGGGCAGGCACGGCUGCGCCUUCGGGGAGCUGCGGAUCCUCAUGGCGCCGCUCGACCAACAGCCGUCCCCGAACUACUAUAUGUAGAAACACCGUGUAUCCUCACCUAUAUAGUGAGUCUGGGAAGCUGGUAGAAUGUGGGCAUGAUACGAAUUCAGGAAUAGGAUUUUUUCGAUAGUGUGCUCCAGAGAAAAUCCCCUUGUCGUGAUUAGGGAGUCGCAGUGGCGUGCACAAGGGGGCCACAGUGUAUACCCCCCCCGCCCCCGACAGCUGUAACUGCGUUGGCAAUCAUUUAUCAUUCCUGAAUCACGAACAUACGCAUCUUUACAUCGUGGAAAAUAUAGUGAGUUUUUCCCCCAUCCACUGUGUGAAAAAUCCCAAUGUCGUGGUUCGGGUUAACGAUUCCCAACGCGGUCCAUGUCGUCGACACAUCAAUGCAGUUUGACGCAUUUUGGAAAUAAAGCAUUGAAGAGGACUUUGCACUGUGGUUAUGUGUACGUGUGUCAACGCAAUUUCAUUUUUUAUGUUUUGAUCUGGUCUUCUUCUGGUGUCCAUAUACAUCGUGUCAGCUAUUCCGUUUAUAUAAUGGCCGGCCGGUGCUCGGUGCAUUUCUCUCUCUCUCUCUCUCUCUCUCUCUCUCUCUCCGUGUCGUUGAGUGCGAGGUCCUUUGCUGUGCAGGU